UAUAUAUGAAAUCAUUAACUUUUGGACGAAAAAAUAAUGAUACCAAAUUUUGUGAGAAGAAUUUGAAACUUCAGGUACGUCAUCACCUAAUUUUCGAAACCUCAAGGAUUUUGACAACACACCGUAAAAUGUAAAUAACUCCUACAUCCAAAUUCCAAUUGCAAAAAGUGGCGCUUUCAAAUUGCUUCUGGGCCGCACUUGAGAGUAACCACGUCGAGCGUCUAUAAACCAAAGCAUCAUCGCCCAAAUGUUCUUCGCCCUUUGUCCCAAAAAAACAAAUGCCCUCGACUGUUUUUAACUUUGAAAUUCAACCCUUUUUUUGGGUUUUCUUGUUGCCUGGGAUUGGAGUAAUUGCUUUGCUUUGAUUUGUACCUAUGAAGACUGAAGAGGUUUUUCUGGCAGAAUAUUUCCUACCACCAUGGAUAGCAGCAGUAAGUCAGUGGCCGUCAGUUGUGAAAAUGGUAAGAAAACUUACCCUAGCUGCAAUGGUUUAUCCUAUACCAGGCAAUUUUAUUUGGAUGGUUCAGAUCUUUUUUGAAUGCCGAGAACUGCAUACUUUCUAAAGGCAGAGAAUCAGCUAGGGCUUUAAGUUUUUCUGUAGAAAUUGUUCGUCAUCAACCUCUAACAUGAUUCAACUCUGCAAUUUGAAGACCUUCAGAUUGGGUCACUCAAUAUUUUCUUGUACAUUUGCUUCCAAAACAAACAGAGUGUUGGUUGGAGAUCCAAAACCCUCACAUUUUUCUCUUCAGAGUCAGUUGCUCUGCAGACACAUCACCUCUGAAAUCUCAGAAAACCAACACAAUUUCACAGUCAUUUACCUCAUAAACACUUGUGGAUUGUCCCCAGAAGGAGCGAUUUUAGCUUCUAAGUGGGUCGAGUUGCAGUCACCAGAAAGAGCAGACUCCGUUUUAGAGCUUCUGAGAAACCAUGGAGCAUCUCAAACCCAGAUAUCAAAGCUUAUUAGGUCACAUCCAAAACUUCUUUCAGCUGAUCCUGAGAAAACCCUUUUGCCAAAGCUUGAGUUUUUCAGCUCUCUUGAAAUUUCAAAAGUGGACUUUGCAAAAACUCUGGCUUUUAAUCCACACCUUUUGUCAGUCAGCUUGAGAAAUCGGAUUUUGCCCACUUAUAACUUCCUCAGGAGUAUGCUCUCUGAGAAAAAUGUUGUUGCUGUUUUAAAACGCAACUCAUGGAUUUUCUUGGAAGGUCACUGCAAGCAUGUGGUGCCAAAUAUUGGGCUUUUGAGAGAAUUGGGCAUGCCUCAACCAUGCAUUUCUUUUUUGCUAACUCAUGGUACUCGCGUUUUGAUGGUAAAUCCUGAAAACUUUGGUCAACUUGUGAGUGAGGUUAAGGAAAUGGGAUUUAAUCUGGAAAAAUCAACUUCAGUGAAUGCCAUGUGUGCAUUGUGCGGCAAGAAUAAGUUGGUAUGGAGUAGAAGUCGCGAAGUUCUUAAGACAUGGGGUUGGUCUGAGGAUGAUUUUCUCUCCGCUUUCAGGAAGAACCCGCGGUGUAUGAUUGUCUCGGAGAAGAAACUUAUGCAAGCAAUGGAUCUUUUAGUGAACAAGAUGGGAUGGUCGUCAGGAAUGAUUGCCAAAUAUCCUGUGGUCCUCAGUCUCAGUUUGGAGAGGAGACUUAUCCCAAGGUGCUCUGUUGUUAAAGUUCUGCUGUUGAAAGGUUUCAUAAAUGAGAACUUGAAUCUGGGUUCUCUGCUGAAACCGGCAGAGAAGCAGUUCUUGGAGAUUUUUGUGAACAGAUAUCUUGGCGAAGUACCUGAAUUGUUAGGUGUGUAUCAAGGGAAGGUAGAUAUCCAGGAUGUCUGAUCUGAUAUGUUGAAACGGGUGAGGAUGUAAUUAUUUUAGCCACCUGAUGCUGCAUCACUCAUAUGCAUUAGCUUGCUUUUGGCACAAUACUAAUGCUGUCCUCUACCCUAGAAAUUUUGUCUUUAAAGUAAGGUUUAAAUUGUAUCCCACAUCUUACUAAAAUUUUGCAGGAAGUAAAUUCAAUUUUUCAUUCUUCUA